AUGUCACUGCCGAUCGCCGUCGUAGCCGGCAUUGCCGCCGGUGGAGCCGCCUUGCUCCUCGCGGUGGCCGUGGCGAUCGCGCUCUGGUGUCGGGCGCGCCUCAGGGCCAGGCGUAACCGGACCUCUGAAACCGGCUCCUCCGACCCUUCCACCUUAGUGGAGUGGGGCAAGGGGGGCAGAAGCUCCUCGGCGCCGGAGCACCAGGGCGCGAGGCACUUCUCCUUGGAGGAGCUGGCGCUGGCGACCAACGACUUCAGCGAGGCCAACCUGGUCGGCGCCGGGAGCUUCGGCUUGGUCUACAAGGGGUUGCUUCUUGAUGGCUCCGUUGUCGCCAUCAAGAGGCGCAUAGGAGCACCCAGGCAGGAGUUUGCUGACGAGGUUAGGAGGCUUUCAGAGAUUUUUCAUCGGAAUAUCGUAACCCUCAUCGGUUCUUGCCAGGAAGCGGGUCUACAAAUGCUAGUGUUUGAAUUCUCGCCCAAUGGCAAUGUCUCUAGCCAUCUAUAUGAUUCAGGGAAAGGCUUUGCGACACGGCUUGAGUUCAAACAAAGGCUCGCAAUAGCCAUUGGUGCAGCAAAAGGUCUGAAUCAUCUGCAUUCUCUUAUGCCUCCUUUGAUCCACAAGAAUUUCAAGACGAGCAAUGUACUGGUUGAUGAAAAUUUCAUUGCAAAGGUGGCUGAUGCUGGACUUGUUAGGUUGAUUAGAGGAUAUGAAGAUGUCGGUUCAUCACAUGGGUUUAGCAGCAGUGUCUACCAAGACCCUGAGGCACACUCGGUGGCACAGUUAUCUGAAAGCAGCGACGUCUACAGCUUUGGAGUGUUCCUUUUGGAGCUAAUUACUGGCAGAGAAGCUGCUAGCUUGGCGCCUCAAGAAUCCAGAGAAUCUCUGGCCCAAUGGCUGGAAGCAAAGUUCAGUUCAAAUGAACUGAUUGACCCAAGGUUAGGUGGCGGUUUCACAUCGGAAGGUAUGAAAGAAUUUGUUGGCCUUGCUUUCCAGUGCCUGAACCCAUCCUCCAGAAGGCGACCGAAGAUGAGGCUGGUUGCGGCUGAGCUAGACCAGAUUCUGGAGACGGAGAUGUCCAUGACAACAAUAAUGGGCGAUGGAACCUCCAUCAUCACCCUUGGGAGCCAACUCUUCACGUCUUGAAGACGAAAGAUUGAUUGCAUGUCUGGUAUUUGAUGACAUGAUGAUUGUUUGUAGAGUCUAGCAGCUGUUGGUUAUGAUAAGUUGUACAGGCUCCGUGUUGCUGCGAAUUGAAUUACCAUGUAUGGUUGUUUUUUAGGCUUAUCAUGGUUAUAAUUAUUAUUUGGUAGGAGAGGCAAGAAGAAAUAGAGCUGUAUGUAUAUUUCUUUUUCUUCCUCCGAUUUUCUUUCAAUGAAAUUGUAUGUAGUU